UAUCAAGCACAUCCCAAAGAGGCGACACGUCCGGCACACUGGUUUUUAUUAUUUUAUUGAAAAAUCCUUUAUUUGGCACUGACAGUCAUGCCGGGUAACGACAAUUUGCCGCCUUUGAAUCUAAUUUUCUUGGGACCACCAGGAUCUGGGAAAGGCACACAGGCACUGGAUAUGACCAAGGCAAAAGAAAAUGUCUGUCAUCUAUCAACAGGUGACAUGUUGCGGGCAGAGGUAUCAUCAGGCUCGUCACUUGGUAAAGAACUGAAGAAAGUUAUGGAUGCAGGUCAGCUGGUAUCUGAUCAGCUCGUGAUUGAUCUAAUAGACAGUAACCUCGGUAAACCUAAAUGUAGCCAUGGCUUCGUCCUCGAUGGAUUUCCUAGGACAGUUACACAGGCUAAAGCUCUUGAUAACUUGUUAGAUAAGAGAAACACUUCCCUUAUGUCUGUUCUGGAAUUUAAAAUCAGCAGCAGUGUAUUGGUGAAGAGGAUAUGUGGUCGUCUUGUUCACCCUGCCAGCGGUAGAAUGUAUCAUGUAGACUUCAGUCCGCCUAAAAGACCAAUGAAAGAUGAUGUUACUGGGGAACCACUGAUUCGCCGCUCGGAUGACACAGAGGAAAAACUGAUGAAACGGUUAGAGGUAUACAGUGAGCAGACUGAACCACUGGUUGAUUACUAUAGCAAAAAGGGCGUUCUAACGACAAUAGACGCCGAUAAACCUACGCAGAUAGUAAAAGCUCAAAUCCUAACUGGUAUAGCGGAAACUUUCAUUUCUAAAUUGUUCAAAGGUGCUCUUGGACAGUUUUCUUUCAGUAAAAGCCAGUAGAAAUACAGUUUUUACUAUUAUAUAUAAAAAACAAUGUUAAGGUUUAAUGAAAUGAUAUAAAUUAAAGAAAAUUACAUAGUUUUACUAUAAUGUAUUACCACAUAGAUUUUCCUUGAUGCUUUUAACUACUGACAUUAACUAUAAACCAAAGAAAAUAUAACUACAUAUUGUUUUAGGACUUUUGUUAGUUUAUUUGUCAGACUACACUUUCUUCUAUAUAGGGAUUCUUUCACAUGUUCUUGUAAUUUUACAGAUUUUAAACUUUUGAAGAAGUAUAUGAAAUGUUAUUUUCAUCUAGAAAACUGUUUUUUAUCACCUUCCUGCCUAAUAUUCAUCCAAUUUUCAACUAACUUGUACACAUUUCCUUGUACCUUUGCCUUUAAACAAGUUAUGUGAAUGAUAGUUUUAAAAGUUGAAUAAGGCUCAAAUUAACCUCUAAUAAAAUGCCAUGUAAUUAAUUAUGUUGCAAUGUGUUUUCUUCUAGGCUUUCAAGUACAGAUGUACCCAAUUGAAACGAUAUCUGUCUAAGUUGUAUUAUACUGUUUAUUGAUAGUCUGUAGUAAGUAAUGGAAUACGGUUUUAUUAAAUUCACAGAUUUUUAGUGUGAGGAAAACUUAUAUAAAAGCAAUUCAACAAAAACUGAAAAUGUGAAAUUCUGACCUGAAGUGUAGAAAUCAAACAGCAUCACUCACAUAUUAAAUGAAUUAACAAUUUUUUGGGGGGUGUUGUUGAUUUUGUGCAUUUUAUAAGCUGCAGAAGUUUAUCCAAAGGAAUUAUUUGUAAAAAUCUUUCAUGUUUUUCUUUUUAAAUGCAGUUUUAAGUUAUAUAUCAGGGAGAUGAUUUUGUUAUAAAUGUAUUCAAGCAAUUACCAAGUAACUGUCAUCUGCUAUAUUUUUGAGGAAAUUGCCAUUGGUCUCAUUAUUUCUUCCCCAGUAUUUUACAUUCCACCUUUAACUCCUUUCAGUUACAUUCAUCUACUUAACAGUUUAUCAGACCUUUACUGAAUAAAUAUUUGAGGCCGGUUUCUCUCGCAUUCCAUCUGUCUGAUCGCAGAAGGCCUGCUUACUCUAUAUAUAUAUAUUGAAAUUAUAGGAUGUGGUUUAUAGAAAGUUGACGGAUCUCAGUUGCACAUUUUUGGUUUAUCAGUCAAAUCAUCUACCUUGAAUAAUAACCAUUUUGUAAUCAACUUGUCACAUGUAACAAAUACAUCAUUUACUACUGGAAUACUAGUAAUACCCAUUUUGUUAUAUCCUUGUUUAGUAUACAUUAUUGUGUACUGUACCAAAAUAGUAACCAGAAAUAAAUGGAAAAUGAAA